CAUCCCUAGACAUAGAGCAGCUUGUCUCAUAAGUCAUGAGUUCCACUGGCUAUGACCCUUAUUUCCCUUCCUCUUACAAGAGGAAAGUGGUGGUGCGCAGCGCAGGAUAUGGAGGCAGUGGAGGAAUAGGAUCCAGGUCUGUAUAUUCCAGCCAUUCUGCCCCUCUAACUUCCUAUGGGUCAUCACGCAGAACUUAUCCAACACACAGCCGAGCUGUCUCCAGCUACUCCUCCACUCUGCUUUCUGCUCCAGUGUCUGCAGCUGCCACUGAACUAGACCUUAGCCAGGCUACACAGGUUAGCUCUGAGUUCAAAGUUUUACGGACUCAGGAAAAAGCUGAGCUGCAGGACCUGAAUGACCGCUUUGCCAGCUUCAUCGAGCGGGUCCAUGAACUGGAGCAGCAGAACAAGCUGCUGGAGACUGAGCUCCUGGUCCUCAGGCAGAGGCACGUGGAGCCAUCCAACCUCCGUGGCCUGUAUGAACAGGAGAUCCGUCAGCUCCGUGCCGCUGUGGAAGAGGCCCGUCAUGAGAAGCAGGCCGCCCAGAGCCACAGGGACCAGAUGGAGGAUGUGUUACAGAACCUCCAAGGUCGCUAUGAGCAGGAAGUGCUUGCCAGGGAGGAAGUGGAAGGCAGACUCAUGGAUACAAGGAAGGGGGCAGAUGAGGCUGCACUAGGCCAGGCUGAGCUGGAGAAAAGAGUUGGAACACUGCUGGAUGAGCUGGCCUUCCUGAAGCGCCUCCAUGAGAAUGAGAUAGCAGAACUGCAGGCCCAAAUACAGUACAGCGCCCAGGUGUCAGUAGAGAUGGAGGUGGCUAAACCUGACCUGUCUGUUGCUCUCCGUGACAUUCGAGUCCAAUAUGAGAAACUGGCACAACGCAACCUCCAGUCAGCUGAAGAAUGGUUCUGCAGUAAGAUGAAUGUAAUGGCAGUAGACACAGCUCGUGACACAGACCAUGCACGCAACACCAAAGAUGAGGCCGGAGAGUACCGUCGGCUGCUCAAAACCAAGAUGCUGGAGAUUGAAGCCUGCCGUGAGAUGAACCAUGCUCUGGAAAACCAGCUGCAGGAAGUGGAGGAGAAACAGAGUGCUGAAAUCUCUGCUCUGCAGGAUACAAUCAGUCAACUGGAGGACGAGUUGAGGACAAACAAGAAUGACAUGGCUCGCUACUUGAAAGAAUACCAGGAGCUCUUGAAUGUGAAAAUGGCUUUGGAUAUUGAGAUUGCAGCUUACAGGAAGCUGCUUGAAGGGGAAGAGAGCCGUUUGAGUGUGGCAGGACCGGGGCCUAUCACUGUUUACUCCCAAGCCAUAUAUUCUGCCCCAUCUUAUGGAGGCCCUCAGUUCUCCAUGCAGUCACAGCUGAGCUCUGCAGCCCCCUAUCUACUCAGCUCCCGCUUCCGUGGUUCAACAGUCUCCACAGAGGAGACAAUAUCUGCUAGCCAAGCGCUGCAGGCAGAGGCCAAGCCCCCUCAAGAAGCGGAAGAGGAGGGGGUGGAAGAGGAAGAAAAGGAGGAGGUAGAGGAGGAGCAGGGAGAGGAGAAGGAGGAGGAGGGAGAAGAGGAGGAAGCAGAAGAGGAGCAGGAGGGAGAAGAGAAGGAGGAAGAAGAGGAGGAACAGGGAGAGGAGAAAGAGGAAACAGCAGAGGAGCAAGAGGAAGAGGAGGAGGGGGCAGAGGAGGACAAAGAGAAAAAAGAUGGAGAGGGGGAUGCAGAGGGAGAUGAAGAGGCAGAUGGAGAGGGUGCUGAUGCCAAAGAAGAUGGCGAGGAAGGAGGAGAGGGGAGCCAAGCGGAUGAAGGAGAGGAAGCCGAUCAGAAAGAGGGAGGGGAUGAUGCAGGAGGUGAGAAAGAAGAGGAAGAAAGUAAAGAAGCAGAGGUGGCAGAGGCGGAAGAGAAAAAAGAGAAAACAAAGGAUAAAAAUGUUUAGAUUAACAUGCUGAGUGCCCGAUGGCAUUGUAUCUGAGGGGACGUCUUCUCCGGUGCUGUGUAUAGACAGAUGUUCAUCCAGUGCAAGCCAGAUGGAAAUUAGAGGACUAAAUGUUGGCAAACAUUUCCUCUGUAUGAUCAACUGAUGAUUGAGCCAGAGCAUGUACGCACGCAUGCAUAUUGAACCAGCAAAGAAAUCAAACAAUAAAAGCGCUAAUUGGUGAGAGACAUGAUGAUUGUGAAGGCAGGAUAUGAGAUAUGUCUGGAGUAUAAAUUCUGCUUAGUGGAAUUUUGUUUGCAAAUACCUGUGUGCUUUACUGUCACCAAAAUAUGCCUAAGACAAGUAUGUGCAAUACACAGAUUGAAAUGCCUUACUUAAAAUCCUCACUGAGAGUGGUAUCCAUAAUGUGCUGCAUUGAACCCUGAAUAAAGCCUUG